AUGCCUACCAGUGUUCAGGUGAAAGAUUACUAUGAAAAUGAUUACAAUGGGUUAUGGUCAUGGUAUUUGAGCAAUUUACGAAACGGAGAGUUUGAAGAAUUGACUGGUAACGAGUUGAAGCAUGGACUUUUGAAACGGUUUCUCAGAGAUCAGUUUCAAGCGACCGGACCAUUAAACAAAAAAUUACUCUUGGUUUCAAUUCCGGAUGAGAUUCACCAGGAUAUUAAAGUAUUAGAAGAGUUUUUAAGCGAAUAUUUCCAUUUGAAAGAUGACCACACUAAUAUUGUCAUUGAUAAAUUAACUCGUGGGACUGUUUACAAACAUGAAAACCAUUAUCUAAUACAGGACAAAUUGACCAAUUUCAAUGAUGAAUGGUUCUUAGAGAUGAAGAAAGAUGUAAGCAUUAGCGGGAACAGCAGCAAGGAUGCUACCGAUUCGGCGGAAAACUGCGGGCAGGAAAUGGAGGAUGAUAGUCCCCGUCGAGAUAGUGAUUCUAGCGACAGCUAUAGUAUAUUGACGGGUGAUACGUUUGACACUGAAUCUCAUUCCAUUGUUCUCAAUUUCAAGCAUCCCGAGGUCAUGGUAAAACCAAUCACUAAGACCACUCAACGGAUUGUAAGGAUCAGUCCAGGAAAUAAUAUUGGCUCACCUGCAGAGUCUCAGGUAUCAAUAGUGACACAUGGCGAUGAUCUGGAAUCUUACCGUGGAGAAGCUUUGGUCCAAACUGUGACAAGGGCAAUAGACGAAGAUGAAGAAGAUGAAGAUGAUGAUGAUCAUCAUCAUGACGUCGAAUCCGCUGACGAUAUGAAAAGCAAAGAUAUCUCGAUUCCACCUAGCAUUUCUAUAUCUGACAAUUUCGGCACAUUUAGGUUAGUGUUACAGUCAAUUCUUAUAACCAACAAGGAAACAGAACAAAUCUUUACUGGCAUAAGACAAAGCGAAAACGAUAGAAGUAAUGCUGACAUAAAUGAUGAUUGGCUCUUAUACGAUACGGAUUUUAAUUUAGGCAAUUUACAAAUGUUGUCGUUAUACGAUAUUUUGGACUUCAGUAAAUUUUUACCCAAAAUUCUGUUUUACUCUAUGAUCCACGUUAAGGAUUCUGUCGACGAUAACACGGAGCUAUCUUUACAACAUCUGAUUACAGUCAAUAAUACUCUGACUAAUGGAAAUAUGUAUAGUCCACAUGAAGUUGAUGAUUCAAUGAGUGAAUUAAGUUCUGAUAACUCGAUUGAAUGUUACACAGGAAAUUCAAAUGACUCCAUUGCGGAUGAACCAGUCAUCGGACUGUACUCGCCAGCAACUGCGGCUACAGCAGGUCAUAGGUCCAUCAGAACGGUGGAAAGUAUUGGUGCGUGGGCCUUAAAUAGGUCCAAUACCAAAAAAAGUAUGGAAACUGUGCAAAACACGGUAUCAAGGGACUCCAGAGGGAAUUUCAUGAACAGAAUCAAGUCUCAGCCAAUGCCUGUGUUAUUGCAGACACUGAAUAGUAAUAUAGAUGAGGAGGCAAUAAAGAUCAAGAAAAAUCUUGCCAAAGUUAGAGCAAGACAGCGGAAAAAGUCCACUUCCCACAAUUGUAGUAUAAUGUAA